AUGGCCAGCAUAGACACGUCCCUCCACCCUCACACCUCUGGGCGCGCGGCCAAAUUCGCUGACGCGCACUCCUCGCCACACCCUCUGAUUCUGUACGGCGGCUGGUUCUGCCCGUUCGUCCAGCGCUCCUGGAUCACACUCCACGAAAAGCGCAUUGCGCACCAAUACUUUGAAAUCAACCCGUACAAAAAGGAACCCCAAUUCCUCGCUCUGAACCCGCGCGGUCUGGUGCCCACGCUCGCCGUACCCGUCGACAAGACUGGCGAGCAACAAAAGCCGCUGUACGAGAGCAUAGUGAUCUGCGAGUACCUGGACGAGGUGUACAACUCUCCCGAGGAGAAUGGGCCUUCGCUGCUCCCCGAGGACGCAUACGAGCGGGCCCGGUGCAGGAUCUGGAUUGACCAUAUCAGUUCCAAGAUCGUCCCGGCCUUUUACAGGUUCAUGCAGCACACGGACAAGAAAGCGUACACGCUCGACGAAGCGCGGCAGGAACUCUUGAACGGGAUCAAGACCUUCGUCAAAGAGUGCAGCCCCCGCGGGCCCUUUUUCAUAGGAGACCAAUUCAGCAUGGUGGACAUAAUGCUCGCGCCCUGGCUGUGCCGGUUGUUCCUGUUCGACGUGUAUAAAGGGGGUGUUGGUAUUCCCGAAGAAGGACACGGCGGAGAGGACGAGGCCAUCUGGGCACGGUGGAGAGCGUGGGCAAAGGCCGUACAGGAACGAGAAAGCGUACUCGACACUUUGAGUGAUAAGGAACAGUACAUUGAUGCCUACAGAAGAUAUGCGGAGGACACGACGCAGAGUGAAGUGGCCAAGGCAACGAGAGAAGGAAAGAGGUUGCCGUAG